UGGCGUCACUCGGCAGCGCCGGGCGGAAGUGACGUUCCUUUCCCACCGGAAGCGCCUCUGCAGCGCGCGGGCCGCCCCGCCGAGGGCGGCAGGACCGGGCCGGGCCCGGGAUGGACCCGGCGGCGGAGCACCAGCAGCAGCUUCGCAGCCUGCGGGAUUUCCUGCUGGUCUACAACCGGAUGACCGAGCUCUGCUUCCGGCACUGCGUUUCUAACCUCAACUACCGGCUGCUCACCGGGAGCGAGGAGCAGUGCCUGGAUGGUUGCGCCGGGAAGCUGGUCCACGCCAACCACCGCCUGAUGCGCGCCUACGUGGCGCUGAUGCCCUCCAUCAUGCAGCGCCGCGUCGCCGACUACGAGGCCAGUGUGGCAUCCACGGGCCAGGGACCGGCCCUGGAUGGGGCUGGGGGAGCUGGACCUGCUCCCGACCCGCCGGCGGCUCCGGGCCCUGGUGGACCCUCGCAAGGGGCUCCAGGCAGCGGCACGUAGCACGGCUGAACCCGCUGUCCUGAGCCUUCGAGGGGGGCUGCGGGACGGUGCUGGCCCCGCGUUACCCAUGGGAGAAGGAACGUCUCGGUGCUGCAGCGCGGCCCGGGCCCCUGCACGCUGCCAGUCCUCCUGGUGUGGGGCAGCAGAUCCCCUCGGUUCCGAGACCCGGCCUUGCGGGUCUGUGUCCUCCGGUGUGUUGGCGCCAGGAGCCUCCCGGCACUGGCUGAGUCUGUUCCGUGCUGGCGGGGGGCACGGGGGGCACCGAGACAGAAAUGGCCGUGCCUGCCUGUCUGGCCCACCUGAACUCUGUCCCGACAGCCCUGGCGCUGGGCUUCCCUGCUCCACGCCUGGGGUGCUGGUACUUCUAGGAAACGGUUUCCUGGCGCUAAUAAAACAUCUCUUCGUUAA